AUGCUUGCAAUAAGUGUUAUUGGAAUCAUUGGGCUUUUGGGAGGACUUAGGGGAGCGAUUCCUCUUAAAGUCAGUAAUGUAUCAGGGAAAGUGUACAAGAACAUCAGGGUUAAUGCACAGAGGAUCUGCCGUAUUAUGGAGUAUGUGGAAAAGCCUGAAAUAGCAGAGUUCAUGAAGGAGUGUUUGGAGAAGCAGGUGAGUGAGAGGGCACAAGAGCUAUGCAGGGAGUUAAUUUUCGAGCAUGAGUCGCUGAAGGAGAAGGUAGCAAGGCUUGGAGAGGCAGCUGGGAAUAGUGAGAGUAGCUUUGAGGAAUUGAAGAGUCUCAUCAUUGAAGUAUUUGAUGGAUGUUUCAAGGUGGUUAGAUCUGGAAUGAUUUUAGAUAUCGAGCUUGGAUUCAACGAAGAGAAUCUAGACGAGGUGGAAGAAGCCUGCAGCAAAGUUUAUCGACGGCUUCUCAAUGAGAUUGCCCAGUGGCGCAAUAGUAAUGGGGCAUUUAGGCUUGCAACCACCUAUUAUUAA